GUUAAAUGAUUUUGUAAAAUCAUGAAUUUAUUAAUUUACUUCACAUUACUAUGAAUAAAAAAAGAACAAGUAUAUAAUUCAUUAUUUUAAAAAUUAAAAAGAAUGUAAAAGGAGAAAAUUAUUGCAAAAGGCAAAUUAAAAAAAAUUUCAGAAUCACUCAACUUUUGCAUUUUUUGCAUUUCUUCAAAACAAUAUGAUUUCAAAACACAUCGGGACAUUUUUACAUGUAUAAAGGACAAUGCCACAAUUAACUCACUAUCGAUAUUAUUAUCAAAUCUUUUUAUUACUUACUAAUUUUCUACUAUGUCAUGGAGAUUUUAUGGAUUUAAUUAGUGAAUCAAUUUGCGCGGCUAAAUGUUUGAAAGCAUUCACUGACUCGUUGACUGAACAAGAUAAAAAGUUUCUUAAACAACGCCCUGAUUUAACUCAACCACACUGUAUAAAUCAGGAGAAUGAAUGUGCACUAUGUCUUGAAAUCUGCAGAUGGCCAAGAAGUCAAACAGUAGACUGUUCCACUUCUUGUCAGAAAUAUUCAUCAGCACCAAAUUCAAAUGGUAUAAACAAGCCUAUCAACUCAGCAGUACUCACAUCGGCGUCAACAGUAACUCUGUCUUCCUCUCACUCUUCCUUAGAAUCAAUCUCCCACAAUAUCAAAACGACUUGUUUAAAAGCAUGUUAUACAGCUCAAAUUGUCUAUAGUCGAUCAGAUCAACUACAGAACAGUCCCAGUAGUGCAUACUGUCCUAAACUAGACACUUGGCCUGAAUCAUGUCAGUAUACUUGUCAAAAUGACUCAGACUGUUUACCCUAUGGAUAUACAAAGUGUUGUCAAACAACAAAAUGUUUUAAAAUCUCUCAACAUAAAAGAUUAAUAAAUCAUACAAAAAAUGUUACAAAAUUUAGUGUAUGCAGUCAAGGUGUUUAUAAUCCUAAAGUUACUCCACCUGUUCCUGGUAGACCAAUAGUUAAACGAAUUGAAACUCCUCUUCAAGUUCAGUCAAAUGGUAGACUUUAUUCGCUAACCUCAGAGAGUUCAAGUCUUUCAUCAAAUGGACAUCAGCAUAAUCAUCAGUUGGAGUUAGAUUGGCCAAAUUAUUAUAAUCAUUCAAUUAGUGAAAAUAAUCCCGUGGUAUUCCUCAUUCAACUCCGUAUGUAUUCAUCUCUUGUACAGACAAUUCAAUCGCCUAUGGAUAAACCUAACAGUAUGCCAUUUUUCUCUAUGAAUAAUUUUAUGGAACCAUUUCAGCCGAAUGAAUAUUUAUUUAAUAAAUGGACCAGUUUAAUUUGGACAACAAAACUUGGCGCUGUCCUCUCCGAUCUAAAUCCAGGCACAUGGUACCAAUUUCGUUUGUUAGCUGUUUCAAGUGAAGGUUUUGGAGGUUGGGGUGAGCCUAGUGAACCUAUUCGUACACAAGUCCAGCUAAUUCCACCAUCUCGACCUCGAAAUCUUACUGAAAUACGCUCAAGGAUAUUUGACAAUCAUGUUGAUAGUACAGUUUAUUGGGAUGCUCCAGAAGAAAGCUUAUUUCCUCUGAAAAAGUAUCAAAUAACAUGGCGUCAAUAUUAUGCAUUCAAUGGAGAGGACAGAAGUUCUUUGACCGAAUAUUCAGCAAAUGUACCUGCAGAUAAAACCAUGUAUUUGAUUCAGAAUCUAAAGCCAGGAACACCAUACAAAAUUGAAGUGAAAGCAGUCUCACUGUUUGAAGGAAAAGAACUUAAAAGUCAUCCAAACACUUUGUACAUAUCUACAAUACAAAUUCCUACUCAGCAUACAGAAACAGUAUUAACCCCUUUCACAUCAUCAUCGCCGAAUGACAGUUGUAUAUGUGGAGAUUCUAGACGAGAUUAUUUAACCGUCAGAGAACAAUAUUAUGAGAAUGAACAACUUCAUGCAAUUUUAUCUUUAAAUGUUAAAAUAAAUAAAGAACAAUUCAAUGUAACUAUUCCGAUAACAGAUUUAAUCUACAGUGUUGAAUGGACUCCAAAAGUUUGUAUUGAAACUCAGAAUCAAACGAGUACAGAAUUUCUUGGAACACAAAGAAAAGGAGUAUCAGAAUAUGAAUUACGCAAUAUACUUUUAAGUGAUUUACAAUUCCAGUGUCAUUAUGAAGUUAGUCUUUACGUCAAAUCAUUUCAUAGUAACAACAACCAAUCAAGACAAAAUUUACAACCACUAAUCAAAUGGACUACAUGUUUUUGUACACCAACCUGUCGAAAUAUUAUCAUCAAAGAUGGUUUGCCGCCAAAACACUGUUAUGCCACAACUCCUUCCUCAGUUCUCCAACCAGUUGAACUGGCAUACACUCUACUGACAAGUGAAAAUCUUGAAGAACUUCAUCGUUUAAAGAUGAAAAAUAUCGAUGAAUUGAUAGUUGUCGCUGAGGCUAAUAUACCGCCUUUAUCUAAAAAACAAACCAACCCAAAUCCAGUGUUGAAUACGGUAAAUUAUACUGCAAUUGUUACCUGGCAUCCUGUUGCUGCUUCUAUACAUUCAAGAAGUGAAACAAGACGUGCAUCAAGAACACUAAGAAAUCGUCUAUCGAAUAUUAAGUCAAUCAAUCCUGAAAUACGUGGUAUUCGAUUAACCUGGGGUCCAAGAUUAUAUGAACCAAUUGGAUAUGAAAUGUACAGUAAUAUUAUACAACCACUUAUGGAUCCAGAGAAAACACAAUCAAAAGUUUUAGACUUAAAUGUGCCUGGCCUUCAGCUUAAAGGACUUCAGGAAGAAACUUUGUAUAUUGUUCAAGCUCAAAUGAUUAGUGAGAAAGGCGAUGGACCUGUUUCACGUAUCUAUUUCAUGACACCCUCCAGAGAAGCCAAUUCACGGCAUAAUUCUCAGUCUAUUCAAGAAAUAAAUGUAAAACUUUUAUACAUAAUUAUUUUAUUUCAAAUAAUCAAAUAUCACAUUUUAUGACUCUACUGUCUUCCUAACUUUACUUCACUUUGUACUAUACUACUACUAAUACUAAUACUAAUACUUAAAUACGUUAGACAAACUGAUGUGCAUACAUAUCUUUCCUAUAUACAUAUACAUAUGAAAAGGUUACCCUGUAAUCCAUUAGUAAUAACCGCUGUAUAUAGUAUUCUUUACUGAGCUAUACACUUCCAUGUAACAUUGAACAAUUGAACAAUAAAAGUAAAACAAAGAACACAGCUUGUAAUUAAUUAUCUUGUAUUUAUUUUUAUUAAUUUAAACUGACCAAAUGUAGCUAAAUAUUUUCACUCACUAUCACAUAUACCCGAAAAAUGAACAUGCAUAUACACGCAAAUACAAAAAUCAUAACCAGGAUGCUGUUGUUUUACUAAACUGCAACAAAAAAUAUGUAGAAGACGAUUAAAUGGCGAUAACAAAUACAUAGCUCAAUGUUACAAUGGAAGAGGGAAAAUCAAAAGAGUUAUGUGAUCAAAUAUUUUUCAGUCUUACUUGUGUUAUAUAAGCAUAAAUAUACAUUGUUUUGUUUUGUUUUUUUAUUCUAAUUGAAACGCAAUAAAAGAAUAAAAAAUCUCCUGA